CACUCUUGUCUCUUUACUUCUCUUAAUAACCACACAAAUGGACUCUGUGGAUACUGAAGUUCUACCAAAAGCAGAGGUAUCAGUAAUAUCUCCUCAGCCUCCAUACUAUGUUAGAGACAUAGUCACCCUCAGGUGUCAUUUUCAAAAAUACACAGAUUGGUUUCAGUAUACCUGGUACAAUAAUGGCACCGCUAUUCCCUCUGAGAGCAAUCAAACCAUCACUGUCACUCUCCCCGAUAAUCCUGCUCAGCACCAGUAUGGAUGUGAGGGGCACCGGAUCAGUAGUCCGCAGACGUCCCAGCGCAGUGAUGCCUUAUCAAUCACUUCAUUAGACAUGCCCACACCUUUAGUGACUGUAGAGCCACAUGGUCCUGUCUUCAUUGGAGAGACAGUUAUUCUGAAGUGUGAGAUGGGGCAUCAAAAUGUCUGGACAUACAGAUGGAACAUUAGACCCAGCGGCCAUUAUAGAUAUUGGGCAGAAUACUCAGAUAGCUUUCAUGACUGGUAUAACUACCUCAGCAUGUCAGAAUUCGAUGAGAACACAUUAACCAUCAAAGAAGUGGCAGAGUUUCAUCAGGCUAGGUACACAUGUGUGGGAAGGAGGAAGACCAGCUCCAUAUCAUCACGCUCUAGAGUACCAUUUGAUCUGAGACUGCAUUCUCUACGUACACUUACAGCUACACUGUUUAUUCAGCCCCAGAGUGUGGUGUUACCUGGAGAGACAGUCACGCUUAAGUGCGUAAUACAAUCUUACAGUGACUGGACUUUUAAAUGGUACAAAGACUGGAGUCCUAAUCUAGUGUUUGAGUCUGAAGGAAACACUUUCAACAUAAAUGCAGCUGUUGAGUCUGAUGGGGGGCAGUACUGGUGCCAGGGGGAGAGGAGAGACAGGCCCAUAUUAUCAGACAAAAGUAGGCGUGUCACACUCCAUGUAAAAUCAUCAGAGCCCAAACUCACUUUAAGUCCAGACCACCAGCUCCUCACAGGAGACUCAGUGACUCUGAGAUGUGAGUUGGGUGUUUCCUCUGGUUUGGUGUUCUACUGGUACAGAGACACACAGACCUCUGAUCCUGUGAACCAGACUGAUGGAGACUCCUACAGCAUCAGCUCUGUUAAAGUCUCUGAUGGAGGACAGUACUGGUGCAAAGCUGGGAGAGGAGACCCUUUUUCCACACCGUACAGCAAUGGUGUCUGGGUCAGUGUCACAGACAAACCAAAAAUAUCAAUCAUCAUUAAACCAAACUCGACAGAGUUUUUCUUGGGAGAAAAUGUUUCUCUUCGAUGUGAGAUCCAAUGUGGGGGAGAUAGCAACUGGGACUACAGCUGGUAUAAAAACGGACUCACAAGCCCAUUGCUUAGUUCUGUACAGGAGUAUACAUUUGCCAUUGAGUCUGGCACUGGGGAAACUAACUACACCUGUAAAGGAACACACAAAAAUAUUCUCUUCAGCACCACUGAAUCUGUCAGUAUUAAAGUUGUAUCAGGGAAAGCAGAUCUCAAGAUCAACAGGGAGUCUUGGCUGACUGAGGGAGACUCAGUGACUCUGAGCUGUGCGGUUAUAGGCUCCACUACAGGCUGGAGAUUCCACUGGUACAAAAUGAUUCCUCACAGUGACACUGUGUCCUCUAGCAUGUGUAAGGAUCUCACACGCUGUGAAGAAGUAAUUUCAGAGAGCACCAGAAGAGCUGGAGGCUCCUACACUCUCAGCCCUGUUGCUCUUAGACACACAGGGGUUUAUGUGUGCAGAGCAGAGAGAGGAGAGCCAGCCAUUCACACAGAGUUCAGCAGUCCUCAGCCUCUCUGGGUCAUUGGCCAGUCCCCUCCUGCGUCUCUGGUUAUCAGUCCCAACAGAAAUCAACACCUCUCCUCUGAGUCUCUCACACUGACCUGCACAAUGCAGGAGAACUCUGCUAGAUGGGAUGUGGUCAAGUUUAGAUCAGAAAGAAUAUCAACAUGUCCUGAUAUGAAAGAAAGCACCUGUACUCUGGCCGACCUGGACACUUCUGACUGUGGGGUUUACUGGUGUCAGGAUCAGUUGGGGAGCAAGAGUAACCCUGUCAACAUCACAGUGCAAGAUGAUGAUGUGAUCCUGGAGAGUCCUGCCCACCCAGUGCUGGAGGGAGACCCUCUGACCCUGCGCUGCAUUCACCGCCAACGACCCUUACACUUCAGAGGAGACUUCUACAAAGACGACUCGCCCCUGAAUCAGACGUCAGACGGAGAGAUGACCAUCCAUUCAGUCUCAAAGGAACAUGAGGGGUCAUAUUGGUGUCAGAGAUCAUAUCAAGCAAAGUCACCAAAGACCUGGAUUACAGUCAGAGCCUCCUCUAGGAUGCUUGCAGUAGGCAUCGGAGUCGGGUUGGGUCUGGUCGUUAUACUCUCCACUCUAUUCGUACUGCUGUGUCUAUCCAAAAAGCUUAAAGGUGUUCAGUGCUCCAGGAUUUUACUUGAUGGGCAACAGCAAAGCACCAAUCAGAGUUCAACCCAGGACCAGAUUCAAUCAAGAGAAGGGGAUCAGGCUGAGUACAUGCCACUGCAGAGAGGAACUGCAGAUGUAUACGACACCAUCAAAGUAGAUCAUGUGACCCAACAGAGAGGUCAGAAUCAGAUGUGCGAUGGAGAAUAUGAAUAUGAAUAAUAUAAAUAUGACUGUCACUUUUUCUGAUUUUUGUGAUGAAGGUGGUAUAGAAUUAGUUUCACUGUAUAAUAAUAAUUCAGCAUAUUUCUAUUAGUAUGAAUUCAGUCAGAGGAGAGCAUUGGCCAAAAUGAAAUACUUGUUAAAAUAUCAUACAAGUCGUUUUCUUUUCAUGAUGUAUCAUCUUCAGUGUGAUAUUAAUGAUUGUAUAUUGUAUGUUAUCACAUUUUAUUUUAUGUUACACAUCGUUUUUGUCUCUGUUCAUAUUUCAAGUCAAGUUGUGUGAGGUAAAUGUAAUACUUUGUUUUCCAUACCAUUAUAACAUGUGUAGCGUAAACAUAUUUGUAUAUAUCUUUAGAAAUAUCUCUGCUUCAUCAUACACUUGGCCACAACUCCUUUAUGGGACCAGAGAGGUUGUCUAUAAUUAUCAUGAAAAUAAAUAUGCAAGUUUCAUUUUUAUAUGUUGAUAUAUUAUUAUUAUUAUUAUUAUUAUUUUGGUUUGUUAUAUGCUAUUUCUGUCAUGUCCUGUGUAUAGUAUGGAUGGUUUUCUUUCUCAACAUUGUAAUAUGAUAUUUCUUGAAUAGACACACUUUUUGUAUUCCAUUCUUAAUUGGUAGGCCUAGUACUGUGGGACCGGGGCAUCGAUUUGGACAGCAGUUGUUCGUGGUUUCUAACUUAUGUAUUAUAUAAAUUAAUUCUAUGUUAUGCACUGAUAAAAGUCUAUCAAAGUCUUCAAACACUGCCAUGACAAAAAUACAUUGUUUGAAUCUGACCGAUUUAUCUGAUAUACUGUACUACAAAUUACUUUGAGGAAAAUGUAAAUGAAAGGUCUUACAAAAUGUAAAAACCUAAUAUGAAAUGGUGGAUGAUGACAUAUUUCUGUGGCACACAAUAUCAAUGCCAAUUCCACUUCAUAUUUCUUUGGACUGAGGAGUCUGUGAGGACUGCUUUCUUAGUAAAUAGUGUUGUGCAAAUA